UCUAAACGCCGGUCUGGCGGCACCGCCAUACAUCACUGAACCUAGACCACACCAUUCCUUAAGCCUUGCCUCAACUUCAAGCACGAGAAACCGACUCUACGUCUCUGAACGUUACUACUCAACUCCUUGACCCUACAGUUCGCGAAUACAUCCGCCACCAUGUCUACACACGAUUCUCCCCAGGCCUUUAACGGUCCGCCGUCCCUGAUUCCCCUCGGUUUGCGGUCACGGCGUGGUUCUUUGGCUUCUGUCUCCGGAUCAACAGCGGUAGACAAAGAGCAGCUGGCUCAGGCCUUGGACAAAAUACACAGUACUGCUAGUCACUCAGAAACCCUCACAACAUUCAACGAAUUUGCCUCACCUCCGCCUCCAUCUGCCAAUACAGAAAGUAAGGGACUUGCUGGGGAUAUCAUGCAAAAUGGCCUUAGUGGAUUAUACAGCCGUUUCCGGGGGGCGGUAGGCGGUGGAAAGGAGAAGAGUGGCCCAUCAUCGACGAAGGGGGAUCAUGAAAGCAUAGAGAGCGUAUCAGCGAAGAGUCAGACAACUCCGACUUCCAACCCUAAAUCAACAUUACCUCCAACCAGAGAGGACAGUGGAAUCAGCGCAUCUCCAGCUCAAUUAUCGACAUCUUCAUCCCGUCUUCAAUCACCCACGGCCUCAACUUUUGCUGGACAGUCAUCAGAAAGCCAGUCACAAAGCCAGUCACAAACCUUGAAGUCUUCCAAAACCUCCUUUACUCCAGCGACCACCCCUGCAACUACAAAAUCUGCGUCUUCAUCCCGCCCCCCCAUAACGCCUAUGACAAAGGCUACAACAUCGUCUGCAAUUGUCCCUACUGUUGCUCCGGUCAACGUCAGUGCCUUCAAGGAUGGCGACAGUGGGCGGACGACAGUGGAUCAAAGGUCUGAGGGGCCAUCCUCGGCUGCGACGAGUACCACACAUGAACAUCCUAGCACUUUCGGCUUUGACUCUCGUCAAAUUGCGCGUACGGUGGAUGACCUGUCUAUUCUGGAUGAUUCAGAAGGUACUGAAGAUGGGGUCGAAGCAGAGGAAGGUCCGGGUAUUCAUGUUACUGGUGGUGGAGACGGAAGCCUCGACCUGAUGAAGCGGCCGAUUGGCGGAUCCAAAAGUGCUUCUUCAGCGUUAUCUUCGCUCCAAGCUACGGAUACACGAGCAAAUGCUUCAUCUCGAAGUGGUCCAGAUGGAAUGAAAAGGCCUGCUGCAAUUGAACGAAUAACCCAAUCCCAUCUACCUGGGUAUCAAGCCUCAAGGGCGUCCUCGACAGAUCGCAGCACUGCUGAGACUAGUCCUAUCAACACUUCUGCACAUAACAGUGUACGCCAUGAGUCCUUUUCCGUUGAUGAUGGCCCGCAGCUAGGCUAUCUGGGCAGGUUACGCAUACCUGGAACAACGACCAAUGAAGGUGCACCAGAAGCUGUUAAUGCAAGGCUCGAGCAGAUGAGAAAGCAGGUUCUAAGUAAGGAAUUCUGGAUGGCAGACGAGAUUUGCAAAGAAUGUUUCCUAUGUGGAGAUGCAUUCUCUGCAUUUCGAAGAAAACACCACUGUAGAACAUGUGGGUGCAUUUUCGACUCCAAAUGCACAUCUAUUAUAUCCGGUCAACGAUUUGGUGUUCAGGGCUCGUUGAGAGUUUGCAAGACGUGUCUUGAUAUCAUCAACAGACGGCACGAUAGUAGCGGAUCUGACGAGUCUGCUGAUGACUCCGUCCUGCCUACAUUCUUCCAGGCACAGCAAGCAAAGUACGAAGCUUCAAGCAGGGCUGAUUCGGCAGAAGGAGUAAAUCAGGAGAUUGUCGAGGAUCAAGCCUUUGGAAACGAUCCCUCUAGACCCUUGGCGACUCCAAUGAUGGCCAUACCAGCAACUCGGCGAAUCGGCGAAUCAACCAACAGGCGCUCAGCAGUCCUAGAAAUAGAUGCCCCGCAAUUGAGCCGUCCCAGCUCCUCCAGGUCUUUAAAAGCUCUGUCUGCGGCAGGCCGGCCACCAUCGUCGGGCCAUAAACGGCACCAUUCGAAGCAUAACUUUCUUGGUCGCUUUAAGCCCACAGCCGAAGAAAGAGCUCCUUUCCACCGUGGUGUGACGGAUGAUUUGGGAAAGAGAUCCAGAUUACCUGCAUUUCACGACGACAACAUCAUCGACCCGGAUCUGGCACCGUACAUGUCUGACGAAGAGUCGAGCGGAGAUGAGCAAAUGAGUAUAUUUGCAACCUUGAAUAGCGGCAGCGUCAUCAGUCCCAGCUUUGAAAAUGACAGGUCGGGCUUUGGCUCACUCUUGAGCUCGAGCAAGAAACACAGAGCUAGGGCCGGAGAGAAGAGUGUCAGUGGUGUCAGCUUCACCAGUCGUGGUUUAGAUGAUAUCAGUGCUUCUGCUGGAUUCGGGCGGCCGAACCGGCGACGCAAUCUCAGUGCUGCUAGCGCCAGUUUGCAUCAUUCCAGAACUUCUCCUCGUCAGCCGGUCCAGGGGUUCGGGAAUCUGGACGAGGAGUUCAAUGGCGUAGAUAAAUUGUCCACGGCCUCCACCCUUGGACCAUCAAAAAUGACCCGAAGUGCAUCAAUGAGAGAUGCUAAAGCACCAGCUGUCGAACUCAAUAAUGCCAGUUUACAUCACGUUCGACGAAUGUUGCAUCAAUUAUUGGAGGACGCCAACAUCCCUAAUGUCUCUUCCUGGGAGAAAGCCCUGGUUCCGAUACUGCUGCAGUGCACAGAUGAUGUCAACCCCAACGUUCGCCUUGGCGAUGAUAUUGACAUUCGACACUAUGUGAAGCUCAAAAAAAUCCCUGGCGGAAAGCCUGGAGAUACAGCUUAUGUUUCUGGCGUUGUCUUCACAAAAAAUCUCGCCCUUAAAAGCAUGCCACGGAGUAUUUCGAACCCUAGAAUUGUGAUUGUUUCGUUCCCUAUUGAGUAUCAAAGGCAUCAACAUCAUUUCAUGAGCCUUGAGCCUGUCAUUGCUCAGGAGAAAGAAUUCCUUCGAAAUAUGGUCAAUCGCAUUGCCUCCUUGCGCCCUCAACUUCUUCUUGUACAAAAACACAUCUCUGGGCUAGCACUACAAUAUUUGGCGGAAGCCAAUAUUGCCGUGGCAUAUAACGUGAAGCAAUCCGUCAUCGAAGCAGUAUCACGGUUUGCGCGGACGGAGAUUAUCUCUUCAAUCGACAUGGUUGCUCUGAAACCAGUUCAUGUUGGCAAAAGUGGUGGGUUCGAUGUCAAGACCUACGUCCACAACGACAUCCCGGGGAAGAAGAAGACUUACAUCUACUUAUCUGGUUGCCCGAAAGACCUUGGCUGCACUAUCGCUUUGCGUGGCGCAGACAUGACCAUUCUCUCUAAGAUGAAGCGCAUCACUGAGUUCAUGGUUUACGUGGUUUAUAAUCUUAAGCUCGAGACUUGUCUGAUGCGAGAUGAGUUUGUUCUUAUUCCAUCAAUAGCUGAGAACAGCGGUAGCCUCUCCCCGAGCAGACUGCAAUUCUCUCAAGCAAUUCGGUCUGGAGGCUCUGAACCUGCCCCUCCACGCGAUACCGUUGCAGCCGCCAGUGACAAGUUACAAGCUGUUGCCGAAGCUGGAAAGAAGCUCCUAAAAUUGACCAGUUCAGAAGGAACUGGAAAUGGCAUCAAUGAUGAUGGACGGCCGAAAUCUGCCAGUACGGAUGUAAAGAGUCUAGAGAACUCACAAUCCUCGAAGGACGACAAGGGUGCAUUAUCUGUGGAAGCGCCAAAAUUUGUCUCUGCACACGAAUCCCACGCUCAUGUAUCCCAUGAGGACCAGCUGCCCGAGGAUAUACCUAUGCCCACCUUUUACAGCGACAUGGUUGCAAAACACCAGACCAAGAUCCUAUCCGCUUCUCCAUUCGUUAAAUUUGUACUGCCAUAUCUCUUGAUGAGGGCUCGGGAACAAGAGAGAAGGCUUGUAUACUUGAAAAGAUUGCGAGACCAAGAUACUUUCGAAGAGCAAACCGAUACCGAGAAAUUGAAACUACAAAAAUUCCAGCUCAUCAAACCCGAAAUGGUCCAUGAGACAGUCAAAAGAGCGCCUCGUCAAAUUAUGGAGGUUCUACAUGCUGUGCACGAUGCUGAAUACGAUAAAGCGUUGCAUAACUACCAAACUCAAAAACGACAAUGGGAGAACUAUAUCCAAGGAAAUCUCAAUCUAUUUGAUCCUUAUGCGCAUCAGAACAUAACAGUUCUCUACACCGUGGUCUGCACUGCCACAUCAAUUCCCUGCGCAGGUCCCGAGUUACUGGCAUUGGCUUUCUAUAAUGAACACGCCGAGUUCGAUCCGGACUGUACCCUUGGACAGUACGUGGAAGACUUAUGUUUGGGCGUCAACACAAUUUGCACUUCAAACGGCUGCGAGCGCAAGAUGUCUGAGCAUCACAGGACUUACGUACACGGCGAAGCACGCAUCACGGUCUUUGUGGAGAAGUCACCUUGCAAGAUCAAAGGCCUCCAAGAUUCAAUACUCAUGUGGAGCUAUUGCAAGAUUUGCCAAAAGGAAACUCAAGUAAUGCCAAUGUCCGAAAGCACGUGGAAAUACUCGCUUGGGAAAUAUUUGGAGCUAUCAUUUUGGAGCAGUGAGUUGCGUCUGAGAGCUGGGUUUUGUCCGCAUGAUAUCCAUCGCGACCACCUCCGCUACUUCGGCUUCCGAAAUGUAGCAAUCCGUAUCCACUACGACCCCAUCGAUCUCCUGGAAAUCAUCGUACCACGAACCAGAGUCACCUGGAAAGUUGACAAUGAUUUGAAGCUGAAGAAUGAACUGUUUACGAAGUAUGAGGAACGCUGGAAUCGGUUCAUGACAUCCGUCCACUCAAGAAUCAAAGGGAUAAACAUAGACAGUGUCGCUCCAGAAAAAGCCGAAGCUUGCAAAGCGGAGGUUGAACGUCUAACUAAGCUUGCACAAGAAGAACACGCAGCUCUCAUUCGGAAGCUUCAGGAGAAGUACAUGGAGUCAAAAUACUAUGAGAUCAUUCCUCUCAACAGAGCCGUGAGAGCCAUGCAAGAAAAGGUAGCAGAAUGGGAUGAUGCUUUUGCCGACUUUGAUGCCAAUUUCUUCCCAUCUGAAAAGGAUAUCAGGCGGCUCGCUGCACUUCAACUCAAGAAGAUGUUCAUGGAUCGCGACGAAUCUUCGACUACUAUUGGUUCUGCAGAGGGCACGGAUCUAGCGUCUGAUAUGGACGAAAAGUCUCCCCACACGUCUCUGGAAUUGAGCCGCAAUCCUUCAAAUGUAUCAGCAGAAGAAGCUCACGAUGUUCUCACGUCCGUGGUGGAAGAAGAAAACUCGAUGCCUACUGAAGCUUCGCUGUCUGAGACACAAAAUUCUCCUGGUCUACCGGCAGGACAACCACAAGUGUCGGACUUGGAACGAGAGGGCAUUCAACAUCUUGAUCUAGCUUUUCCGAUACAAGGUGAAACGUCUCACCCGGCGCCAGCUGAAACCCCUCUAUCGACUGAUGAUGUCUCGUGUCCUAUGAGUCCCAAUGACUCCGGUAUCUCUAGCCCAGCGUUUUCUGAUCUACCACUAGAGUCAACACUAUCGGAGAAGGUGGAAAAGCUCCGGAAAGCGAACUUUUCAGUUUCUGGUGAGCCUGGCCCAUCAGAACAUUCAGGCAUCCCACGACCUUCCGAACGCGGUAGUUCUCGACGCAGUGGCACAGCUACUUCUCCUCCCUUGAACCGCACACAGUCACAGCCUGCUGGAACAUUGCGCCGUGUGCAUACCAACACCAAAAUUCCUGGCAAGCCUGAGGACAGUAGAUCACAAGCUGACAGCGGAUCGACUCCUCUUGAAACUCUUAAACCAUCGGCAACGGAGCCCGCGAAGCCGACUGACAAGAAGUUGUCUGAAAGACUAGGACUUAAUACUCUCAAAACACAUCGCAAGGCUGGACACUCACUCAUUCCGAGAUCUGUUCACAGCAAACGCAAAGAAUCAAAAGUUUCUACCUUAGCGAAGCAUUUCGAGCAGUUGAGCCGAGAAUUUGAGAAAGAACGGAUGCGGGACAGGAAACAACGUGCAGCAAAGGUCACUCAAUCGAGAGCAUUCCCAACGGCAUCGUCGAAACCGAUCGUUGAGGUUUACAAAGACGUUAAUGAAGCCGUGGAGGAGCGUGGACCCAGUGAUGAAGCUUUGCUUGCUGUUCAACCGACGCAUCCGGCAGACGAAGUCACCAGUGUUGUCGGAGGUCUUGCUGACCUGAACACCAACACUACCCCUGGUGAUAGCGGUGCCCAUUCUCCCACCGAUACUGCAGUAACCGCAGACGAGACAGCCACUGAGGCUGAGACUGAUGAUAAUCAGCAUAAUGUCAGCCAAACUGGCUCAGACGAUGACGGCCCCCCCAGCGAUAUCGAACAGUCCUUGCUUGACGACAUUAUUCCCGGCGCUGCUGAGAUAGCUGAGUCUUUACGCGCUGGAAAACCCAACGAUAUGCCUCUAGACAUACCGAAGCACGAGAAAACAAGCUUGAUGAAGAUGCUGACGAACUUUUGGGCCGAAAGAUCUGCGAGUGGGUGGACACCCCUGGACUACCCCAUCAAUGCUGGCGACCACAUCUUCGCAGAUAUCGAUGUCAUUGUCCGCGAGGACGAACCGAGCUCGCUCAUUGCCUUUACGUUGCAAACACAAGACUACAAGGACAAGCUAGCAGACAUUCGCAGUCAAGGUCGAGCAAGUAGUAAGCGAGAAGUUCGCCCUGUGCCGACAAAAGGCGACAUUCCCGACGCAUGCCAGGAUGGUAUGGACCAGGCAGAGGUCGAAACUUCAUUACUCAGGGCGACUGGUACUCACCUCGCGUACUCGUUCAUGGAUGGUUCUGCCAGAAUGCAAUGCAAGAUCUUCUUUGCAGAGCAAUUCGAUGCAGUACGAAGGAAGUGUGGUGUGUCUGAUCGCAUCGUCGAGUCACUAUCGCGUUGCCUCAAAUGGGAUUCCAAGGGUGGGAAAACCAAGUCGGUCUUUCUUAAGACUUUAGAUGAGAGGUUGGUUGUCAAGUCGCUCUCACCAAUCGAGACUCAGGCUUUCCUCAAGUUUGCGCCGGCGUACUUCAACAUUAUGGCAGAGGCGCUCUUCCAUGAUCUUCCGACUGUCAUUGCGAAAAUGCUUGGGUUUUACCAGAUUAUUAUUAAGAACCCCGUGACAGGAACAGAGAUCAAAUGGGAUGUUCUUGUAAUGGAGAAUCUAUUUUACGACCGCUCGCCCAGUCGCAUCUUUGAUCUCAAGGGGUCAAUGCGAAAUCGCAAGAUCCAGUCAACUGGAGAACAGAACGAAGUUCUUCUAGAUGAAAAUAUGGUCGAGUUCAUCUACGAGUCGCCAUUGUUUGCUCGCGAGCAUUCGAAAAAGCUUCUCCGAGCUGCCAUCUUUAAUGAUACCCUCUUUCUACAGAGGAACGACGUCAUGGAUUAUUCCUUGAUGGUGGCUGUCGAUGAGGCUCGGAAAGAACUCGUGGUAGGCAUCAUCGAUGUUGUCCGAACUUACACCUGGGACAAAAAGCUCGAGUCAUGGAUCAAAGAUCGCGGCUUCGCCGGUGGUGGGAGAAACCGUCCAACGGUCACAUCACCCAAGGAAUAUAAGAGCCGCUUCCGGGAGGCUAUGGAUAGAUACAUCCUACAAGCACCCAACAGCUGGCAUCAAUGGCAGCAAAUAGAGGCGAAGCCUCAGAGGGAGCCGAAAAAGGAGACAGCCACUGAUGCUCCCGGCCCUGUAUGAUUUAACGUGUUACGAUAUAUAUUAGAAGGUCCCUUGAGCGGGAAGGCGCUUCGCGGCGGCCGUCUAAUAACGACAGGAUAGAACAGUUCUACGAAUACAAGAAUACAAGUGUACCUGAAAACUCACUAUAGUCGAUCAUUCCCCAGGUGGUAUUUCCGUGCUCAUUUCAAGACCGCUCUUUACACCGGUGUGGUGGUUUCAGAUUGU